AGGCCUUUUUGAUAAAUAGUGCACUUUUCUGCAGAUGAAUCACCUGCAACCAUGUGAAACAUAAAUAUAUAUGUAUACAGUACGUAAAUGAGAUGCACGAGUUAUUUAUAAAUGACUACUAUACUGAUCUUUGGACCUGGAACAAAAACAUUCAUGCCGCAGAUGAUUUGGAUUCAUGUGAGGGGAGGGGGAAAGAGCCACAGAGCAGAGCAGAAGAGCAGGAGGGAUUCUGGCAAAGUAUGACUUCUGUGGUGUUUCUAAGGAAACAAGCAGGGCAACACAAGUUUGCAAAGCCGCUCUGAUGAGCUCACUGGCAGCUCGGAUCUGCUUGGAGGAGGGGGAACUGCCAUCGCAGUGCAACAUACGAGUAACUCACCAGUGGAUGGGCACAUGACCCCGACAGAGAUGGGGAGAACUGAAAACAAUCCUGUUACCAUGGUUACAGUUGGCGGCAACAAGUACCUGCACUUUUAGUUGUGUGCAUGGUGAGAGUGAGGGCCUUUCAGGGGGAAUCCAAGUUCAACCAUACGGUCAGAGACAGGAUCAGAGAGUAAAGAGAAGAGCAGGGAGGAGUUUGACGCUCCAUCAGCUUGUCUCCUGACUCGCACCCCAGCCGGCUCAGAGACGCUGCACGCUGAGGAGGGAUGAGGUUAGGACCAUGACUCGGGAUGAUGUGGAACGUGUGUGGCAGGAGAGAUUGCAGCGCUGUCAGAGGCAGCUGAAGGCCAAAGAGGACGAGAUGUGUCGCCAGUCCCGAUACUUUGACAGUUUUAAAGCACAACUCCAACACAAGCUCGGCCAGGCGAGGGACAGAGAGGAGAGCCUACAGAAGCGCAUCUACGCGUUAGAAAAGCAGCUCCUGGACGUGGCUGUUAGUGUGGCCACUGAUGCCGGGACAUUGAGUGCGGUGAGAAUUACAGCCAAGACUGAAACACGCUGGCAGCAGCAUGAGAGGCUUCCUGGCGCUAGAGGAGAGGGUGAAGGAGAGGAGGAGAAAAAUGGAGGCAGGAGGCACCCAAACCUAGGAGCCGAGAGAGAUGGAACACAUGAGGAUAAGCCGGAACAAGAAAAAGUGAGGCUGCAAGGUUUCAUUGUGAACCUGCAGGAGGAUCUCAGGGUGCUGCUGGAGAGACAAGAAAGCGGGGUGACAGAGCGGAGGAGGCUGAUGGAGCAGCUGCAGGAAGCACAGGAGAACAGCCAGUUGCUGUGCUGCGAGGUGGAGGAGAUGAAGGUGGAGAUCCAACAACUGAAGUUGUCUGAAAGCAUCCUUAUUAAGGAGGUGGAAGACCUCCAACGAGACCUUCAGGGUUCAACUAAACAAACUCCCUGUCACUUAACCACCACCUUUGCUGAUGUUUGCUCUGUUCCCUCCAGCGCUCAUACCACUGGACAUCAUUCACAAGGAAGCUCUGAAAAGGUGCUGGAUGACCAAGAUGCAGUUCCAGUUGUUCAGCACCAGGUGGCAGCAGGGAGCCCAAAAAGUGGAGCAUCAGCUCCCAUCCUUACUGCCAAAUGUGGAUCUCAGCAUUCAUCUAAAAUGGACUCUUUUCCUCGCCUCAGUCUACAGUCACUAGAUGUGUGGGGCUCUACAAGGUGCUUCAACCUGGAGGAAACCCACAGCGAGGAAUCUGAUGCCCUGAGGGAGGCGUACAGGAGCUUGGGGUUAGGUGAGGACCUUGAGGGUCUCAGAGAGCAAUAUGACCAUCUGGAGGCCGCCCUGCAGCACUCAAAGGAGCAGCUUCAGGUGAUGGCUGAGGAGAAUGAUCAACUGAAAUUUCUACUCAGGAGUCAAGCUGAGGCGAAGCAGAUGCCUGAGAUGAGCACUACAUCAUCUCCUGUCCAAAAUGACAUCACCCACAGUGAUCUUCUCCAGGCUCUAAAUCGGGAGAACCGAGCCUUAGCUGUCCGGAUCCAGGAGCUACUGGAUCACAUUGAGCUGAACGAUGAAGAAAUUAAGAGCGAGCGGUCUCAGCUGAGGAAGCAUAUUUUGUGUCUGGAAGAAGACAGAGCCAAGCUAGAGCAGGAGAAGGAAGAGCACGGCUGCCUGAUCACUGAACUCACCCGAAAGACCGAAGAUGAUCUCAAUACUAUCAUGGAGCUGCAGCAAAAACUAGAAGAUGAGAGGUUGGAGUGGAGUGAACAAAAGAACGUACAGUGUGGAUCUACAUGCACAGUAUUGGGGAGGUGUCAAGAGAAGAAACCCACAGAAUGCUCAGUGCAGAGUGUGGCAACAGAGGAACUACCACAGCUGGUAUCAAGUCAACAAGUAGAUAUCACCGCAUGUUUAAAGCCUGCUUGCCAACACAACAACCUGAGCAGCCUGAAAGUGGAGCAAGAGGAGCUAACUUCCUCUGUCCUUUCCCUCAAAAAAGAACAAGAAGAAGUCUCUCUGUCGGUCCAGGCACAAACUGAAGAGAAACAACAUUUAACUCGGGCGGUCUGGGCACUCAAAGAGGAGAAAGACAAGCUCUCUCGAUCUCUGCACGGUCUUAAGCAGGAGAGGGAGCAUCUAAUCAGGGCGGUCAGUGGCGUGAAGGACGAGAAAGCUCGCCUCUUCCAGUCCGUGAGUGAGCUAAAAGAAGCAAAAGACAAGCUCACUGAGUGUUUCCCGGCCCUUGAAAGAGAAAAGGAGAAACUGCUAGAAUCGCUCUCGAGUGGAAAAGAGGAGGCCAAUCACAUUGCUCAGUCAGUAGAACAUUUGCAGAGAGAGAAGGAGCAGUUAAGUCAAAGCGUUUUGACAUUGACAGUGGAGACAUGCAAACUGUCUGACUCCCUCAAGCGUCUGAAAGAGCAGACUGAUCAGGCUCACCCGUCACGUCAUUUACAACAGGACGGUGACGGGCUGCUCAAGUCAAUUAGCAGGUUGAAAGAGGAAAAAGACAGAAGUGAACAUUCAGUCAGAUGUUUAAAACUGGAGGAAGCACAGAUAAUGCAAUCACUUCAAGCUUUACGAGAAGAAAGGAACAGUCAACGCAGUCAGAUGCGAGAGAAGCAAUCUAAUCAUGCCGUGACUGGAGAGGAAAAAGGACAAAAUGCGACUGGAAGCUUCAAUGGAAAGAAUAUGCAGGAGCAGAGGGAGCUACUGAGGGAGAUUGAAGACUUGACAGCAGAACUGAAGAAGUCUCAAGAGGAAUUGCAGAAAAGACGCGUAGAGACCGCAGAUCUACACAGGCAGCUGAGUCAGUCAGAAGCCUGGAGGCAGGAUGCAGAGAGGAAAGCUGCUCAAGCAGUUGACGAGGUGAAGAGAAUGACGGACUUAAUCACGCAAACAGAAGAACUCAGCAUGGCGAAUGGCCACCUCACCACACAGGUGACAGCGCUGCAGAGCAAAGUGGACCUCCUUGCCAGGGAGAAGGCCGCCACUCUGUCACUGAAGGCAGACAUUGAGGACCAAUACAGCAUCCUCACAGCUCAGCUCAAAGCCAAGACGGUGGCUCUGGAGGAGCUGAACGCUGAGUAUAUCACUCUGAAAAACGGGCGUGGCAACAAAGACGACCUGAGCGCUCUCAUGUCCCUCCGAACACGUUACAACGACAUCCAAGCCAAGUAUGAUGCGCUCCUGAAAACGAGGAUCCCGACAGAUGUGGAUGUAGUUCCUUUAAAGGCCAAGCUCUCAUCCCUGGUGCUGAAGUGUCAAGAGAGAAACAAUUUAUUGGCACAGAUGAUGAGAGCCUUGCGUGGGCACGGCCCCGUGGACCCCACGCUGACACAGCAAGUUGAUCAACUGCUCAACGACGCAGCGCUGCUUCAAUACACCACUGCAUUCACACAAACGAGUUUUACAAAGGGCCUGGACCGUGGACUCACAGCAGGAUUUAUUUCCAAUUUUCAAAAGUACACUUGGUCUGCAGAAGCUGGAGGCCAACAAAAUCAAAAUGAGUUCCACACAGAGCAGAAAACAAGACACCAUUCUUCUUCAGAAGCGUGGACAACAACUCUGCCCGACUGCAGUGGUGAUGCCAUGCCUGCACCAGCUGUUAUAAGAAAGAAAAAUGACAUUUCACCUGUGCCAACCCUGCAAGAGGACAACACGGUGCCAUCAUCACCUGAACCAAAACUGAAAGAAGUUUUCAGUCUUGACACACCACAGCUGCUCCCCUCUGACGAGGAACCAGAAAAAAUGUCUCCUCUGGAUAAAAGGCCAGAGUCAUCAUCCCCUUGUUCAUUCAACAUGCCCGACCCAAGCGGGUCUCGCCGAAGUCCUGCACCUCCCCUCUCAGUCAGCUGUGUGAGGAGGAGGCUGAGCAGUCCGGAGAAAAUCCUCAACCUCCAAGAGCAAUUGCAGCAGGCGUUGUUGAGUUUCUCUCAGGCUUCUGUAAGCAGAGGAAGAGGUGAACAGUCCAGAAGAAGUUUUUCAUUCUCAGCUCCCGCAUCCCCAAGUCCAUCUGCUCAGACAAAGCUACAAGCCGUCAGAACCACUGCUCCACCUAGUGGCCCUCUCCCGUUCAGCACGGCUUCAAGCCUGGCCAAGCCCCCUCCUGCACUCUCAACCACACCUGUUGCUAGAAAUCAGCCAACAACGCUUUUUAACGCAGUCACCGCCAGAUCCGCCAACAGGACCUUCACACCUCAUUCGCUGUCGAACCAUCGCUUUAAAGCAGCCGUCCUCUCCACGACCUCUACUCCUUCGCUCUCUGCUCACUCGUUCAUUAGCAACGCUACAUCAAGCAAAGCCAAAUCCACCACAAGCAGUGACACUAAUGUACCAGCACCCCUAAACCUGAACAGUGCUGCUGAUGUGGCCAAUGCUGACCAUACAUCUUCGUUAACUACAGCAAUCUUUAAAGCUACUAACGCUAAUGACUUCACUGCCUCGGACACAACUGCCAUAACAAACGAGACUGCCCACAAGGCUGAUGAUGUCAGCGCGGCAUCAAAGCCUGACGGUGCUGCUUCUGCACGUGACCGCCUCGAAAUGACUACAUUCCACACCCAACUUUUGCAACACUCCCCUGAGAGACGAACAAAGUCUGCAGCAAGGUCCCAUAGCGCUCCGGAGAAGAUGAGACCUUCAAGACCCAAAGCAGAAGCUCCAGCGGAGGUGCGCUCUGUGGAGGUCAUCAAACAAGUGGGUCAGAGCAGCCUCCUGAUUGGCUGGGAGAGGCCCCCUCUGGACGAGCUGGGGUGCAGUCACGGCACGUUUGUGUAUGGCUACAGGGUGUUUGUGGAUGGGGAGUUCUACAAGUCUGUCAUGAGCUCUGCGUGCACCAAGUGUGUCCUGGAAAAUGUGGAUUUGACUGAACCAGUAGAGAUUGGUGUUCAAACACUGGGCUCUAAUGGGCUGAUUUCAACGAGUGUCCACGCCAUGUAUGUGUCUCCAGGUGGGGCAGGUCACCUUUGAAUCACACCGUCCUACCUAUGCCAUGACCCUGAGGGACUGUCCUUACUUCACACUGGGCCAGCUCAACAGUGACCUUGUCACAUGGUCGUGGUGGUCCAAUGAGCAUAUGUUGUACUGUGCCGGCUCACCUGACCUCAAAAGGAGCAAACUGAAGAUGGACUAAAAAAGGGGGGGUUGUAAAAGCAGGUGAAAACGAGUCUUUUUAUGUGAAGAUAUUUUUCUUGAAUUUCACAUCUUUGCAUCCAAUCAGUCCCAAGAAGGUGUUCCUCCCUUGCAAAGAAGCCAUUAACAAGACCAACUAGACUUGUGGAUGAUGUUUACACUGGUCUACACGGUCACAGGCCUUGUGUCUUACUAAUUCACUGAAGAGCUCUGCUGCUUCCUCCGGAUGCUCAUGAUGUUUUGUUUUUUUAAAGCGAUUCAACCUGCAUCAUGUUGGGACACAACAUUAUUUUUUACUCAGCGAGCCAAAUGCGAGAGACGAUUAUGAACUCCAAAGACUAUUUCCUGGAAGACAUGCAGCACAGAAUCUAUUUCAGUUUAUUUGCACACAAUCCUGUAUAAAAGUAGACUUAGAUGUCAUGUUUGCACACUACCUUUUUGAUCUCAUUCAAAUUCACAUCAGAUGUUUUUGCCACUUUUACAGUAUACGGGUGUAAAGUGAACACGGUGCGGCAAAUGUAUUUUUCUAACAGCAGUUGGUAUUAUUGUUUAGCCAACGACUCCUCGCAGCUGUACAGAGAAUAAAUGCUUAUAUAUCAUUGCCGUGUCUGGAGCUUGAUGCAAAGGGUUGACAAUAUAAGUGCAAUUUUCCACUUGGAACACUUAUAUGGCAGCUCUUCUCGGACUGUCGGUCGCGUUCUUGCUCUGAUGGCUUUUUGGCAUCACAGAUGUAGUGUAGUGGUACAUAAAAUAUUUCUCUCCACAUUCAGCGCUGAAGUUGAUCGAACACCCCAAAAACAAAAAAAAAAAAACAGGAACAAAAACCUGCUUAUGAAUCACCUGCUGUGCUGGACACUUUUGGUUUGCUGUUUGCUGACGCUCAGCAGAAAGUGCUGUUAGGCCAAGUUGAGCAGGAAAGGUGCUUAGCUCACCUAAACUUGUACAAACGUCUUCUACCUCUAUGACCUUUUUCUCCGUUUGAUGCUUGUCUUCUUUACUCUGACAUCAAACGGUAAGUGUGGAUGAAGGUGCAAGCUCGCGCCAUCAAUUAAAUGACGGAAGGAUGGCAGAGUUUGUUUUUUUUAACCUAUGUAUUCAAAGCAAAGUAACAAAUGUAUGUGCAGCUCAACGUGUCUUAGGUACAAAGGUUUGUGUGAAAAUUAUGCCUGUCCUUUGCGGGUCACGGGCUCUUUCUUCUUUGCAGUCAUGGCAAACUCAGUGGAGCUGCCGGCAGCCCCAAUGUGGAUCACAACCACAGUGUAGACCUUAGAUUUCCACUUGGGCCUCAAUAUUGUCAUUGCAUGGGUCACUGAGAAAUUAAGGAGCAUGUCUAAAAAAUGUCUCAAAUUUGACCAAAAUGGAGUUAUAACAUCCAAAUAUGCAGAUUCACACUAAAACGUAAUGGGUGUCGUGCAGUGGUGUGCAGUCAGCGCCAGCAAGACCUUCUCUGCUGGCCUAACCACUACCACCUGACCUGCAUUUACAGCAUAAAUUAUAGUUGUAAUAUUUGUUCCAUGAAAUUGUAUUAAUUUAUUCCAACAUUUAAUUCUUUUAAUUUCGUAGCAUGUAGUGUUAAGAUUUUUUUUGUCCAAUCAGAUGUCAGCCUCAUUGUGUUGCCAUAUUAAUAAUCUGCCCCGCGCCUCCAGAAUCAGGAGUGCUGUCCCAUGUCACAUACACACUAUUAGCAAUUGGGCUGGGGGGUUUUCUAGCCAAUCAGACUUCAUAUUUGCCCCUCAGGGCCAGCAAGCCGUGACACUUUUCCGUGUCAGAGCAACAGUUUUCUACAAGCCAAGUUCUGCCCACAAUGGCUGAUUUAGGAGGAGAAGUUGACAUCUCUGGUGAGUAGAUGUAUGAUAUUGGCCUGUAAGUAGGGAUGUAUGAUAUUGGCUUUUUUGACGAUAACUUGUAUACCGA